AUGGCACCAUCAGCAACUGAGACCGUGGUUCCAAUCGCGGAACACAUCAAGCAAAAGCUUGUCCCCGGUUCCCAGAACGAUACUACCCAAGAGAGCCCUAAGACCGAAAAUGAACUGGCAGUCGGCGGUACGGAGUUGGAAUCCGAACUGCCCAAGCUCCCAACCGCCCACAAGGAGCCCCUGAAGCUAAGCGGUGCUUUGGACAAGUUCGAGCAAUUCGAUGUCACUCCGAUUAUUGGAAGAGAAUAUGUAGACGUAGACUUGGCCGAAUGGCUACGAGCCCCUAACUCAGACGAGCUUCUCCGAGAUCUAGCUAUCACAGUAUCCCAACGCGGCGUCGUAUUCUUCCGCAAGCAGGACAACAUCGACAACGAGCUGCAGAAGGAGCUAGUCCAGAGACUGGGCGAGCUAUCCGGCAAGCCGUCGACCUCCAAGCUACACAUCCACCCAAUCAUCAACGCAUCGCGCCAGAACGGGGGCAAGGAUGACGAGAUCAGCACCAUCUCCUCGGUGCAGUCCAAGAAGCUCUACAACAAAAACAUCGUGUGGUCCGAUAAGAAGCAAAGCCAGAAGGGCCAGUGGCACUCGGAUAUUACCUUUGAGCCCAUUCCCAGCGACUACGCGCUGCUGCGGCUCACGCAGAUACCCAAGACUGGAGGAGACACACUCUGGGCCUCAGGCUACGAGCUAUACGACCGCAUCUCCAAGCCACUGCGUGGAUUCCUAGACACGCUAACCGCAUACUACGCACAGCCCGCCUUCAACGAGACAGCGGACCGGAACAAGUUCAAGCUGUACACGGCGGAGCGCGGGGCGCCGGAGAACGUGGGUGAGGUGCUAGAAGCCGUGCACCCGGUAGUGCGGACGAACCCGGUGACGGGGUGGAAGAGCGUGUUCGCCGUGGGCCACCACGUGAAGAGCAUCCACGGGCUGUCGGAGGCCGAGUCGCGGGGCUUCCUCGACUGGUUCGUGCAGCUGCUGGUCGAGAACCACGACCUGCAGGUCCGCCUGCGCUGGCAGAACGUCAACGACCUCGCCAUCUGGGACAACCGCAGCGUCUACCACGCCGCCACCCCCGACUACGUCGACCUCGGCCUCGGCGAGCGCCUCGGCUCCCGCGCCGUCAGCUUGGGCGAGAGGCCGUACUUCGACCCCCUGAGCACGAGUCGGAAGGAGGCGUUGGCUGCGGAGGCGGCUGCUGGGGCUGCUUGA